AUGCCUGAACAACAACAACAACAACAACAACAAAACUCACCAUCAGAUCAAAAAGAUCAGACUGAAGAUAACCAACAAAAUCAAGAUAACAAAAAGAAACGUACAGGACCUAAACGAAGAAAAGUAACGCAUGCUUGUGUCUAUUGUAGACGCUCACACAUGACUUGUGAUGAAGGUCGACCUUGUCAGCGUUGUAUUAAACGUAGUAUUGGUCAUUUGUGUCAUGAUGAAGUCAAACAACCCUCUAAUUCUUCACAACAACAACAACAACAACAACAGCAACAACAACAGCAACAACAACAGCAUCAACAACAACAACAACAACAACAACAACAACAACAACAACAACAACAAAUCCAUGGUAGACAAGAUAGUAUGAGUCAACAAGGCUUAAAUGGUGGUAAUUACCCUCAUUUAUCUACAGUAGCCAAUGCACCCCUUGGAUCCAAUAGUAAUUUAGGCGGAUUACCACUUCAGUUUUAUGGUCAGAUGGGCGCUGGUCAGCUUACGUUUGCUAGUGAACAAAUGGGAAAUGAAAUCUCUGUUAUCAGUGACUUUUUAGAUUCAUUAGGUGCUAGUCCUACCAAUACAGACACGCAGCGAGGCAUCUAUACACCUCCUGCUACCAACACAACAACCACAGCCGUCAAUACCACCGAACGCUUCUUUUUGACAGCAGCUGAUCCAUCCGAUGGUAAGCUCGAAGAUCGUUUAACAGAAGUCAUCAAUGCCAAAUAUGAAGCUGGGUUCUUGAAACCUUAUAAUUAUGUCAAUGGUUAUGCUCGAUUGCAGAAAUACAUGGAUAACAAUAUGUCAGCCUCAAGUCGACAACGCAUCUUGAAUGUCAUGGGCACCUUUCGUCCUGCUUUUCGUUCUGUAGCACAGUCAUUAACAGACAUUGAUUUGAUUUUGGUGGAAGAAGCCUUUGAACGCCUGUUGUUGGAUUAUGAUCGUGUGUUUAGUUCGAUGGGUAUACCUGCUUGUCUAUGGCGUCGUACAGGUGAAAUCUACAAGGGCAACAAAGAAUUUGCUGCUCUUGUGAAUGUGCCUAUUGAGAACUUGAGGGAAGGCCGUCUGUGUAUUUAUGAAUUGAUGGCAGAAGAAUCUGCUGUGAAUUAUUGGGAGAAAUAUGGUAAUAUUGCUUUUGAUCCAGGACAAAAGGCUGUCUUGACCUCUUGUUUACUAAGAAGUCCCAAUCCUGAAAACACCAGUGUGAUUUCAUGUUGCUUUUCUUUUACUAUUAGACGAGACAAAUAUAAUAUUCCAACAGUGAUUGUAGGCAACUUUUUGCCUAUCCAGUUACAAUAA